UGAACAUCAUGGAAGCCGGUCGAAAAAUCAUAAACACGAGUUUUUCUAAUUGAUAUAUCCAUUCAUUAAGGGAGCCUCCUCUCACUAUAUUCACUAUAUUCAAGCGGUUUAUUAAAUUAAAUGAAAUAAAUUUUACAUAAAAGUGAAAAUUAAGAAAGAAUUUGUGUUAAAUAUCUAAUUCCGCUGUACGAAUCCCGAAUUGACCGACGACAACGACGACGAUAAAAAGUGCUUUAUUCCGUGUGGCAGAAGUGGUGUGUUUCUGUGUGUAGGUGCGUGUUGGUUUGUGAAUUACUUGAAAUCUAUACACACUAUCUAACAAGUGGUGGAAAUAUCCUGCUGGUAUAUUGUAUAAAAAGUACAUAAAAGCUCGCAGCGAAGUUCAGAAAAAUGAACGCCACCACCUUAGUGCCAUUUUUAAGCACACAAAUAAAUCACAUAACCACAGUUACAACCACCACCGAUGGAUCAAAAUUAUUGGCAACGACACUCAUUGCCGCCAAACUAGACACUUUUUCGCCAGUAACUUUAUCACCGGAUUGGUCUCGUUUGGCAAAACUCUUACUAAUUUCAUUUCUAUCUGUAAUUGGAAGUGUUGGAAAUGUUUUCAUGAUUUCGUCAGUAAUGGUUGAAGAUCAUUUGAAGAAAGCUGGAAACACUUUUAUAGUAAACGUAGCCCUAGCUGAUUUAUUAAUUACAAGUAUUUUAAUGCCAUGCUCGACAAUAGUAUUAUUAGCUGGUAUGACUGAAGAAUUGUCCGUAUGUAAGGUACAAUGGUUUUUCGCUGCUUGUGCAUUUGUUAUAACGGUCUUAUCAUUAGCAUCAACCGCAAUAGAGAACUACUUACGAUUGUGCACUCCUCAAGAUGUGAGCUCAUGGUUCGACAAAAGGACUACAACCACCAUUUUACUACUGAUUUGGUCUCUCGGUAUAAUAGUGUCCGGUGUGCAAUACAAAUUGAAUCUUAGCUUUGACUUUUGCACCCGACAAUCGAAUGGUGAUUUUACAUACCAAGCGACUGUAAUCGGUCUUCUAGUCAUGCUGCCAUUAUGUUUAACAUUCUACACACACAUGAGAAUUAUAAAAGAUGUUAAACGUUUUAUGAGCACACCGAACUUUCGACCAAGCUUAAAUUAUACUUGGGACUUAUCACUAGCUAGAACCAACUUUUACAGUUUUUUGAUUUUUAUUGCAUUUUGGUUACCGUUCGGCGUUGUUUUAUCGUAUCACACCACCGCUGAUGUUGCCAAUAAAGUGUUUUACAGUACCGCUUGGAUUGGAUUGAGCAAAUCCACCUUCCAUAACGUCAUUUAUUGCAUAACGAAUCGCCAUUUCCGCAAUGCUUACGUAAAUUUAUUCCACUACUGCUGCUGUAAGACAACCGUUUCGGUGUCGCGUCGCCAACGAAACGAUGUAUGCCGGCCAUCGUCGGACGUACGGGUUCACAUCAUUCCUGGCUACAAUAUGUACUCGUACACGAGUCCUCAACGAUCGGGAAAUUGCCAUUCAUACUGGAAUAAGCGAGAUGUACAUGAAUUAUGAUCAGAGGCUUAAGAUGAGAAAAUUAUUUAAUUCGAUUUCCUUAUUAACUAUAGAUGUAAUAUUGUUCUGCCAAUCAACCUUGAUGUAGUAAAAGCCAACAAAUCUGUUCAGAAUUUACAAUUAUGUGGAUAUAAUGAGGAAUUGGUAUAUCCAUUUGAUUCAGAAUCGAUGUAUUACUGAAAAUAUAUCAAUGUAAUACACAGUCAGAUGCUCCCUGUAUUUUUAACAUUUAUAGAUGUAAAACCUAUAGUUAUUACAAACAAAAAAGAUUAUUUGAAAAGGAUAAUGAAAGAAAAGAAUAAUUCAACGAUUUUGUGCUGUUGAAAGACGUGAUUAGUGUUUAGUGUUUUAACUUAUGAAGAUAGCUAAAAAGUUAACUUAAGAAUUGUUCUGAACGAUUGUACAAUAUUGUAAGGGAAUUUCAUUCGAUGUUUGCACACCAUUUGCAUCUAGAAACUAUUUCUAUUAACACUUUAAAUCACACACAAAAUUAGUUGAAAUCGCUAAAGCAGUAGAUCUACAAAAACAUUAGAACUUAAUGGCCUUAGUUUCAUCAUUAAACGAUUAUAAUAGAGUAUUUCAUAUUUCUUAAAUUUCUGACCCUGGGAAUUUUUAUUAGUUCGCUGAUUUUUCGAUCAUGUUCAAUAUUCUUAACUUAAAACUUUUAGAAACGACAAACGUACCGCAACAAAAUAAUUGGAUCUGUUACUUCAUCAUUUGUGUAACGUAUGACCUUGUGUGUGAUACAAAAUUUUUCUCUUCAAUAGUUUUAACAAACAUUUCACUUUAUAAGAUAGCAAACGAACCAAAGCUCAUCGAUUAUUUCUGUCAUUGUUGCCGAUAUCAGAUGACUCCUAGUCAUUGACUAGGAGUUUCUAAUAUGUCUUGAUUAGAACUCUAGUGCGGUGAAAAAUGUUUUUUUUUUGAGAGAUUGAAACAGUUUUAAAUGUUUCUAUCAAAAAUUGCGUUGUUAUCGACUACACUACGCAAUAAAUAAUAAGCGGGAGAAAAUCAACAAGUCACAUUUUCAACGAUUAGAAUCCAAUUUAUUGAUGUUUUUUCAUUCCACAUUCCUUGUCCACGCUCAUAUACAUACGUUAAGCUACUCAACACUGGUAAUGCAUAUGGAGUAAAUAAAGAGAUUGCAUUGUAUUGUGACUCCUUACUUUUCUUUGCCUGUACUUCAUUCUGUUAAAUUUUCUUUUGGUUAUUUUGUUGAGUAAAAUACCUUAUUCUGUGGAAUAAUUUGUUUAUCCACUCUAGAUAUUGCAACCUUUCCCCUUGCAGACAAAAAAAUUUUCCAACAGAUGUGCUUAAUAGAAACCACAUCAACUAUAUACCAAAUCAGAAAUAUUCUACAUUUCAAUUUUCCGCGAGUGUUAGACUCGUUGUUUUAUUUGUUUAUGCGGUCGAAGAUACUUUGUAUAUGGGAUGUUGCGUUCGCAUGGAAGCCUCGACUUUCGAUAUCAAAGUUUUCAUUUAAAAAAGUCAAAACAUCUCUAAAUAAAAUGGAGCUUGAUCCUUUAUUUUCACUGAUUUCAUUCACCAUUUUCAUUCACAUUUUCUGUAUGUGUUAAUAAGGCAAAUUUUAAUUAAAUUCGGUUUAGAAAAAAAAACUAUUCCCAACGAGUUUAAUAAAGGACUUAUGAAGUUAGAGUAGGGAAAAAUUUCAAAACGAACUGAAACCAGAAUAGGUAUAUAUUAUAUAGGCGGUACACAGAUAUAAAAAAAGUAAAGUGAAAAGACAUGAAUAUAAUAAAAACAUUCCUAUGAAAAAAGAAAAUAAAUAAAUGGAGAAAAUUUUUAUGUAUUUUAUAUAUAUAUAUAAUAUAAUGGAUAAUAAAAACUAUUGUAUAUUUAUAUGUAUUUUUAUAGAAUUUAUUUAUACUACUUGAUACAAGAAGAAGAUGUACAAUAUAUUAUAAUCGUAUAUAUUUACUAUACACUAAAUAUUAUAUAUACAUGUUUAAUUUUAUUAAAUGUCUACACAAUGAAUACAGAUAUAUUAAUGUGAUAAU